AGGAAGAGCGUCCGGCAGACCCUGUUCCUACCGAGGAGACUCUUUCCUCUGACCGCGCGCGAGAGAGAGAAGGAGAGGAGAGAGAGAGAAUGGCAGGAACUCAUUUGGCGAAGAGGAUCCCCCGCAUUAAAUUCCCUCAGCGGCACCCCAAACCCGCUGUUUCUGGGUCUUCCGCUCCAAAAUCUCAAGAACAAGCACCAUCUUCUUAUGAUGAUUUGAACGCAAAGCUUCUGUCAUGGACUAGGGUUCCUUCACCACCAGCAAAUACGGCUGUUGGUGGAAAAGCUUCACUUCUGCCGGAACGCAGGCCUCUUUCAGAAAAAGAGAUGGAAAUUAUUUUGCUAGGUGGUGCCUCUUAGAAAGAAUGCAGUCUGGUAAUUGCAGACGUAAGAAGGGUUGAUAAGUGAAAUUACGUUGUCUUUCCGCACUGCCCUUUUUUUAUUCUGUACUUGAAACAGCUUAUGUGGCACAGACCAGAUGAUGUUGCUUAGAGCGUGAUGACUGCGUGACAUAACGGCAAGGCUGACUGUUUGGUAAAAUAACCGAGUGGAACUUAGAUUUUGAUUUUCUCGUGUUGAAAGCAAAAAAUAGGACUGAAAAGAAAUUGAAGUAGCAGAAAUUGUGCAAACUAACAGCUUUUGGCUU